AUGUCCGGCCCCUCUCCAGAACUCCCUCCUCGGGAGACGCCUCAUAUUCGCCUCAAUUCCGGACAGCACGAUGUGUUUUCUGACGAGAACCUUCCUUCUCCCAUCUCUUCUCCUCCGCCUCCUCCGCCUCCCGAGCAUGGGCGGCCUUUAACACCAUUGACACCGCAAGUCACCGAGUCCCAAUCGACGGGAACCCUACAGACGGUAUAUACAACAUAUCACCACGGGUCGACAGAGUUCUUAAUACCACCACGGCCACACCGUUCUAGGGACGAGCUAGCGUCUCCCAACCUCUCUGUUCUCUCUUCGCGGCGCACAAGUUGGGAUUCAGAAGCAGGCAGCUAUGACACCAAAGGAUACAUCCAAUCGCGAGUGCCGUCGCGCGCGGAAAGUGAUGAGAAUGAUGUGAAUACCCAGACGGUUACUGAGAAGUACAACAUUACGCCAACGGAUGGGCUGUUGUUAUUUCCAGAAGAUGUUGAGAAAGACGAUUAUUUACACAACCCGGACCCGAGUGAUAGGGAACGAGAGUGCGAUAUUUGGAACCGAAGGGGAUUGAUCAAUGUUGGAGGCUUAAUCCUGCUUACUAUAGGGUUUUUGGUGCUGUUUAUUGGAUAUCCCGUUAUCACUGCUGUCAAAGGACUCGACAAGCAUGAAUCGCACUGUGCGGCGGGUGAUACGCUGUGUCUCAAUGUUGGAGACCGACCUUUGUUGUCUAAUAUUCGCAAGGGGUUGAUAGACCCUGAUACACCGAAAUCAGCACAUACGAUGAUAGCAGAGGAUGGUAAAGAACUCGAGCUUGUGUUCUCGGACGAGUUCAACACCCCAGGACGUACAUUUUACGAUGGCGAUGACCCCUAUUACCAAGCCGUAGAUCUUUGGUAUGGUGUGACACAGGAUCUUGAGUGGUACGACCCCGACGCAGCAAUCACGAAGGAUGGAGUUCUAGAGCUUAAAUUUGAUAAGUUCCCGAAUCAUGAACUCAAAUAUCGAUCAGGAAUGGUGCAGAGCUGGAACAAGCUUUGCUUCAGUGGUGGCCGACUGGAGGCGAGUAUAUCAUUACCGGGAGACGGCAAGGUUUCUGGGUUUUGGCCCGGUUUCUGGGCUAUGGGGAACUUGGGGCGUCCUGGACACGCUGCGACUACGGAAGGCAUGUGGCCCUAUAGCUACUAUGAUGGAUGUGAUGCGGGAAUCACGCCGAACCAAAGUACUCCGGACGGCCUUAGCUGGCUCCCCGGGAUGCGUUUACCGGCCUGUACUUGCCCAGGUGCAGACCAUCCUAGUCCUGGAAGAUCCCGCAGUGCCCCCGAAAUUGAUGUUAUUGAAGCCAGUGUUGCGCCCUUGGCGGGCAACGAGGCCAAGGUAGUAGGGACUGUGUCACAAAGUUUGCAGAUGGCUCCAUUUGAUAUUUGGUACAUGCCAGACUAUGAUUACGCCGCUGUGUACAAUCAGGAAGUCACGGAACUCAACAGUUACAGAGGAGGCCCAUACCAACAAGCCAUGUCCGGAGAGACAACUCUCAAUAACAAAUGGUACAAUGGGAAAGAAUACCAGACCUAUGCGUUCGAAUACAACCCUGGUGCGACGGGAAAUGUCACUUGGUUCGUGGGCGAGGACAAAACAUGGACGCUUGACGGACGAGCGAUAGGCCCGAAUGCGAACGUCGGCCAGCGAACGAUUCCAAUGGAGCCAAUGUCCAUUGUCAUGAACCUGGGAAUGGCACACAGUUUUGCUCCGGUAGACGACGGGAUAGAAAAGCUUAUGCCUGGCUACAUGCGGUUCGAUUACAUCCGGAUUUAUCAGGACCCUGAUGAUAUCAACGUCACCUGCGAUCCCCCAGGCUUUGAGACUACGGAGUACAUCGCCAACCACCCUCUUGCGUAUCAGAACUUCAAUAAGACAACUUGGGCCGCCACCGGAUACGAGUGGCCGAAAAAUGACUUUAUGCAUACAUGUUGA